AAACAAGGUCCCAUAUGCAGUCGUACAUAAAUUAAAUGCCAUCCUUCCUUUUUUUCUCUCUUUUGUGCUGGUGUGUUUGGGCACACUGGAGAUAUAGGGGAUGUUGUGACCUAAACAGUGGGAAAUUGCGCCGUGUCGCCGUGUGGCUACAUUUUCCUCCUUUUAUCUCGCCGCGUACAAUUUCCGCAACACCACCCCCUCCCUUGUGAACUCGCUUUUACAAGCCCUCUUUUCCCACUUCUUUUUCGGUGUCCUGUUUUUAAUAAAACCAUUUUUGUGUAAAACCUGGUAGAUAAGCAAUCAGCAAUUUCUGCACGCUAAUCC